AUGGAAGUUAUUAGGAUCCAUUCUCCCAUGAGAGCAGAAAGGAAGCAAGACUGGUCAGAUGUGCCAAGCCGAGAAAUGAUAAGAAGAGCUCAUGCAGCUGCCCUGCACUUGAAGAGGAGUCAAGCUGGCCAAGAUGGUCGGUUGGGACAAUUUGGAAGCUGUAAAAUUUGGGGCAAUGUGGGUCCCCACAGCAGUGGGCCUAUCUCUGGAUCUCCAGACAUGAGUGGUAUCAGGAAGUACUCAAAUUACAGCAAAUGGGAAGUCAUGCCUUUUGUUAGCUUAAGAAAGGAGGCACAGGAUCAUUAUGUUCAGAUGGAAGGUGUUUCUCUGUACAAAAUGGAUGGCAAUAAAUUGGAUGAUCUGGUAUGCAUGAGACAUUCCUCAAAAUCCGAGGUGUAA